UGAUUUUGUGUGGAAACCGUAUCAAGCACGCAUAAAUUACAAAAAAAAUGUUCUAAAAUUCGCUAAAUAUGGAUGAAGCGAAACACGAAACAAUAGAUCUUUCGAGGCGUGGGCUGAAGAAAUUAGAGAAAGCGACUGCAGAAGACUCAAAGACGACUAUAAAUUUAAUUCUCGAUCAGAACGAACUCCAGAAGCUGGAUAAUAUUGAUACGUUCAAUCGAGUGGAAAACCUAUCAAUAUGCAACAACUUCCUUUUACGCAUGCACGGCGUGUCGCGUCUAACAAACAUCAGAGUUUUAGCUCUAAAUAACAACAGUAUACUUCAAAUAGAAGGUCUCAAGGAUUUGAUAUACUUAAAAGAAUUAAAAUUAGCAGGUAACAGCAUAAAAUCGAUAGAGCAUUUGAAUAACAACAUGCAUUUGGAACAUUUGGAUCUAUCAAACAAUCAGAUCUCGUUCAUAGCCGAUAUCUCUUAUUUGAAGAAUUUAAAGUAUCUAAGCUUAGAAAGGAAUCGUAUAAUAGAUUUGCGUCAGUGCGAUCGCUACCUACCCUCGAACCUAGUGCAUUUCGGCGUUGCCCACAACAACAUACAGGACCUCAACGAAAUAUGUCAUCUGGUGCACUUAAGUAACUUGGAAAGCUUCACAAUACAAGGGAACCCCUGCGUCUCCAUGGCGGGAAAAGAUAAACUAGGUUUUGAUUAUCGACCCUUCAUUCUUAAUUGGAUCAUGAGCGUCAAAUCUAUAGAUGGAUUUGUCGUUAGCGCCAUUGAGAGUUUAAAAGCGGAGUGGCUGUACAGUCAGGGCAAGGGUCGACAUUACCACGCCGGGCAGCAUCAGGAGCUGUGCGAGUAUUUGGCUUCCACGUGUCCCCUCACCGCAGACGCACUGGAGUCGGAAGACCAAAGGAAACUGAGACUUAUUCUAAGCAAGGCACAGCACCACCAGCAGCAACUCAAGGAUCAAAGCCACGGGUCGCCGAGGCCGAAGCUCCAAUCGCCGAGGAUGCAAUCUCGCAUAACUUCGAGGUACGUGGGCCGUUCGCCGGACCGCCUAAGCUCGAGCUAUCACGCGGCUUUAUCUAGGAACGGGUCCCCUUCGAACAUGAGCUCAUCUUACACUGGCGACCUGCCAGGCCUCUCCUCCAUGAGCCAGAGCUUCGACUCCACUGGUCUGAUGUAUGCGCUCGAGAAGAACGGACCAGUCAAAGAGAAGACGUUAGAACAACCCCCAACACCGAAACCGGUUAACCAGUCACUGGAGGCUGCAUCUAAAAUGGUUCCCGUACCGGAAUCCCUCAUGAGUCCAGACUACCAGGACCCCAUCUACGACAUACAAAAGACGAUACCCAAACAGCACAACUCUGCGAACAGCGCCUCCUCUCACUCCAGCAACAGCAGCGCACAGGAGGACCGGCCCAAGCUGACAAGGAACUCGAGAGGCUCGCCGAAAUUAACCAAAAGCGCCACUUCCUCGCCGAAGUUAAGGUCCAAAGUCGAACGAAAGGGCAGCUUGACUAAGCUGGACGUGAAAAACUCUGACAAAAUGAACGGAGUGAACAGUGACGUCAUAGAGCAAGACAAACUGGAGAUUAUCAAGCUGGCAUCGAAUCAGCGGAGACAGAAGAAGAUGAGCGUGGAGUCGAUGGCUGCGGUCACCAUACAGAAGAUGUGGCGAGGAUACCGGAGCAGGAACCUUAACAAGGACACUCUCAGGAUCCUUCAUGCGAUCCAAGCGGCGAGGGCCAGGCAGCACAUACAAAGACUAACCUGCGAUAUGGAAGCCACGAAAGCGGCCCUGGAAAGCGAAAGGAAGAUACAGCAGCUACAGAUGCAAGCUAUUAACGCCCUUUGGAAGAAGGUCUCCACUUUACAAGCUUUAGAUGGCAAACACAAGAACAUGUCAGAUUGCGAUGAGAACACGGAUGUACUGCGGCAGUUGUCAGAGAGAUGUAUCAACCUACAGGAGCAGGUGGUGGAGUUGCAGAGUUGCAUGCGCGAGGUGCUGCGCGCCGUGACCCCCGCCGCCCGCGCCGCGGCCCCCGCCCCGCCCCCCGCCGCGCCCGUCGCCACGCAGACUGACGUCACUGCCGUCCUCACGCCGCAGGACGAGCGAAGCGCGUGGCUGCGUCGGCCGCAGUCAUUGUCACUGUCAGCACCGCCGCACCAGCCAGACAAAGACGAAUCGUCGAGCGUAGAGAUUGAGCGGACGGCGCGCGCCCAGGAGGUCGGCUCGGAGCGCUCGCGAGACGACGGUCGCGGUGACGUCAUCGUCGAAUGAUGACGUCACUCGCAUGCGACGAUGCGUGGCACCUGUAAACAGCGCACGACGCGACGCGCGUGAGCCGAGAACCGAUUGAUUUUUAGUUUUUAAUUAACAACUGCAUUUAAUUAGUCAUUUUGGGAACCGACUUCAGUGUGCUCUAGUGCGAGUUUUGUAACGUUCUCGAUAGCGUAAAAGUUAACUCAUAUUUGUAUGGA